GGGUGACUCUAAAGAAUAGCGGCCCAAACCGAAACGACCUUCGAACCAAAAAGUGACCUUGAGCAAGGAAUCAGCUGACUGUAUCAUUUUCGGAAGUAAUCAUGGAUGUUUUCGAUUACUGUUUGGAUAACGGACUCAUAGCUUUGUCGAAAAUUUGCCAGUGCGGAGGAGUUAUGCAUAUACAAAUAUAAGCAGAGGCCAUCGAUGGCUUUGUAUACAGAUGUAUUGAGUGCCGAAGGAGGAAAUCGGUUCGAGAUGGAACUUUUUUCUCUAGGUCUAAACUACCGUUAACGAAAAUCUUAAUGAUAUGUAACUUCUGGGUCCUCAAAAGACCAGUUACAGCUACGGCUUACGAAACAGAAAAUUCAGAGGUGUCGGCAGUGCAGUGGUACAAUUACUGCAGAGAUGUUUCCUCGUGGAAAAUGAACAGUCUGACUCAAGUUCUUGGAGGAGUCGGUGUAAUCGUACAUAUUGAUGAAACUGUAUUGAUAAAAAGGAAAUAUAACCGGGGGAGAUUACAAUCCAACCAGCAGUGGAUAUUGGGUAUAUACGACACAACAUUACGAAAAGGGUAUAUAGAGGCGAUUCCAAAUCGCAGUGCAGGUGUAUUAUUGCCUAUUAUUCAGCGUUUGGUGCUGCCUGGGACGACUAUUCACACAGAUGAAUGGAGUGCCUACCGUCAAUUAUCCAAUCAUGGGUAUAUUCAUCAUGUCGUCAAUCACACGGAGGGUUUCAGGAAUCCUGUGGAUGGAACGCACACUAAUUCCAUCGAAAGUUUAUGGAGUCGUCUGAAAAGACGGAUAAGAGCUGUUAAUGGAUCAAGAAAUCCAAUGAUUUACAGUUAUCUAGAUGAAUUUAUGUAUAGAAACUGGUUUAAUAUGACAAUGAAGACUCCUAUGAGAAACUGGGAGGUUUUUUUGCAACAUAUACGCGAACGUUAUCCUUUGUAACUAUUUAUUAUGACUGCAUUACUUAUAUAUAAACCGUUUUUUACAAUUAUGCGCCUUUCAUUUUGAGCCUUCUCAUUGGUCGAAGUUGUCCCUGUCAAGGUCAUUUUUGCGUUGAAAGGUCGUUUCGGUUUGGGCCGCU